GGGUUCUUUAUCCAUUAAUUAAUGAUGUUGACCUCUAAAUUUCGCUCUUUUGCUCGAAAUGGGCCCUCUAUGGCCCGCUCCUUUACCACCACUCUUCCAAAGGGUGCUGCCGAGGUGAAAUCAUUAGGGGUGAUUGGGGCUGGCCAGAUGGGACUUGGAAUCGCUCUGGUUGCUGCCCAGAAAGCAGAAGUUCCCGUUCUCCUUGUUGAUAACUCGCAAGCCUCGCUGGAUAAGGGUCUUAGAUUUGCCGAUAAACUUCUCGAUAAAGAUGUCGCCAAGGAACGUCUUACCCGUGAAGCUGCCGACAUAGUUCGUGGUCGCAUCACCGCUACUCUGAAAUUGGAUGAUCUUUCCGCAGUCGACUUCGUGAUUGAAGCUGUUCCAGAAAUUCCUGAACUCAAGACUUCUAUCUUCUCGAAACUCGCGGAGAUUGCGCCGAAACAUGCAAUUCUCGCCACCAACACCUCCUCUAUCUCUAUCACCAAGAUUGCUGCGGCCACGACGACCGAUCCAAAGGAUCUCCAGGCUGCCUCCCGAGUGGUUUCAACGCAUUUUAUGAACCCCGUACCGGUGCAAAAGGGAGUCGAGAUCAUCUCCGGUCUACAGACCUCUCGGCAGACAUUAGAAACUGCCGUCGCGUUUGUGAAGCGCAUGGGCAAGAUUCCUGCUGUCUCUGCGGACUCACCCGGUUUUCUAGCUAAUCGCAUUCUGAUGCCAUAUAUCAAUGAGGCGAUCAUCUGUCUCGAGACCGGUGUUGGUGGCCGUGAGGACAUCGACAGCAUUAUGAAGUACGGGACCAAUGUUCCCAUGGGACCUUUGACUUUGGCCGAUUUUAUCGGACUAGACACUUGCCUCGCUAUUAUGAACGUCUUACAUCAAGAGACAGGAGACAGCAAAUAUAGGCCCGCGGGCCUGCUAAAAAAGAUGGUUGAUGCUGGCUGGAUGGGCAAGAAGAGUGGGAAAGGUUUUUACGACUACUAGAAGGAUCGUCAUG